GGCAGAAAAAUUACCACAAUUGUAAGUGACAAGACAUGUGAAGGGCUUUUCCGCGUCCUCCACCACCUUUAACUAAGCCGCUAACGACAAUCGCCACUAUAGGUCAUUCUCGCUGUACUGGUUCUCCUCAUCUUUAUCGCCUUUGUCGUCUUUUCCUUGCGCGCAUCUCGUCGCUCUACCCGCGGCAACAGCAACAAACCUCGCAGUGGCGGCGGCGGCGGUUUUUUCAAGUCAAUAUUGAAAACCGGUGGCAGAAACAGAUACCGCCAAGCUCAGGAUGAAGACUCCACCUCGACGGAGCGAUUGACUGAUCGCCGUCGCUCCCGCCCAACGUCUGUGGCAUUCGAUGCCUCGGCUGAUCAGUCGCAGGCUGACGCCCGCUCCCCCAACAGCGCUGUCAACCGCAAUACCUCGAUCCGCUCGAUUAUGACGCUCCCUGCUUACCGACCUGAUCCGAACGAAACUGAGCAAGUCCUGGGUCGUGAAGGCGAACGCGGUGGUGUCGAUGUUGUUAUCGAAUAUCCCACGGAAGAAACAGAGGAGGAUCUACGUGAUCAGGAGAUGGAGGCCCUUUACCAGAUCCGCCUGGCCCGCCGUCAGGAGCUUGCCGAGCGAGAGGAGCGGAGAGUGGAGCGCCGGGAAGCCCGGGAACGUGGUGACUUCGUAGCUCUGGACAACAUCCGGUCCAGAGCUCGGGCUGCCAGCAAUAACAGCGUUGUCGCUGUCCUCCGCGAAGAACAUGAUCGCCUGAAGAAUGAACGUCAGAGAGCUGUUUCCAGUGUCUCCUAUGCCGACCUCGGUGUUGCUCGUCAUGACGGCACACGACUUCGCGCCAACAGCAACGAAAGCGAGAGGAUGGGACUGCUGUCGGAUUCCGCCAGUAUUGCCGCCACCUCAAUUCGAUCCGGGGCCGAAUCAGCUAUGAAUCACAGGAGAGGAAGCUCCGUAAUGAGCAUCGAAAGUGAUCUUCCUUCGCCAGGAUUUACUUCAAGAUCGCGGGCGAAUUCGAGACCAGACACACCCCGCCUAGAUACCCGGGCAGGGUCCAGUCCGGAUGUCGAAGCUGACGUUGGAGACGCUGGCAUGCCCAUCUACUCUCCACCUGGAUACGACGAAGUCUCGCUUGAUGACGAGCGAUCCAGGAGUAACACUCCCCAACCUGGCACCGAGCCCCCGCCGACGUACCCCGGCCCUGCCCAGCAACGGACAGAAAGCAUUGCCUCAAGCAUGGCCGAUAUGGCAGCGGAUGCGCAGACUGCGAACGGCUCUGCAGACUCACGCCGCAGCUCAAGAGUACCACGACUACCUAGCUUACGAUUGCAGCAAGUGCCGCAAAUCGUGAUAGAACCCUCCAGCGCCAGACCUCACGAUGAUAGGUGACGGCCUGGGCUGGGAUCGCGCGAACCAUAUUCAAUCUCAUGAUUACGGCUGGAAGUAAUGAGCCUGUUGCAAACGAAUGAACGCCUGGAGGCUAUUUUGUUAGUAUAUACGAAGUCUUGAAGGGCAAAAACACAUACAUGUUGGAUGGGGCACUUGCCCUCCCGAGGCAAGAUGCUGAAUCUCGUUUGUAUAAUAGUCUUCCGGCACACCGGAUAUCGGCGUUUGGCGAAUCUCGUUCCAGAUUGAACGAGUACGAAGGAUACCACAGCGAGUUAGAGAAGUUGCUGUGCCAUGUACAGCUGGAGCCUACGCGCUCAGCGUAGCAAUGGCUUAUCAUUUUUCCGUCCACAAGAGAACACACAACCUUGACUGAUGAUCUUGCGGUG